GCGCACUAUAUACGUCACGAGCCAAAAGCUCGAUUGUUCGGGUGGAGGGAGGGCUGACAUUCUCACACGUUAUCGUAUGAAAUCGUCGACGCUACGCAAACGAUUCCCAUCGACCGCACGCAAUAUAAUAAAUAUUAUAUAUUAUACACCGGUGCGCACAACGUGCUCGCUCGCCUAACCAGCAUCCAUAUUAUAAUGUUUUAACCAGUCGUCUGGAGAGUCGGACUCCCUAUUCUCGAAGUUCGUUCAAUCUCUAUAUGCGUUUUGUUUUUCCGCGUUAUUAUUAAUAUGACACCCGACAUAACGUGCGCAGUGACCAGCCAGCGGAAUAACGAUUCCAAAUGACAUAGACUUAACAACAAUAUUAUAUAUUAUAAUAUUAUACAUCGGACCGAUAUCGACGGCGACCGCGCAAGGUCAGGUAUACUAUACCGUAGUUUUUAUACCGGGUUCAUCUCUGCAGUCCAGCGUACAGUCCGCCAUCAUGCGUCGCGAACUCCAAAUGCGGCUGCCGUGGUGCGUCGUCUCGUUGUUCGCCGCCUUUUGCUGCUGUUCGGCACGAAUCGACGUCGAAGACAACCUCGACGACGGAGCACUGUAUUUGUCACCCAUGAUACGCGACGGUCGGAUAGACGAAGCCCGAGCCGCCUGCAAAGUGCUCCUGGACAACAGCACGGCGGCGGCGGUGGACAGUUGUGCCGGUUACCUGACCGUCGACGAGGCGCUCCGUUCAAACUUGUUCUUCUGGUUCUUCCCAGCCGCGAACGGGUCCAGCGGCGCACCCGUCGUGCUGUGGCUGCAAGGAGGCCCGGGCGCUCCCAGCCUGUACUCGGUGUUCAACGAGCACGGUCCGUUCACUGUGGACGCGGCCGGCGUUCUACGGCCGCUCCGGCACACGUGGACGGCCACGCAUUCGGUGCUGUACGUGGACAACCCGGUGGGCGUGGGGUACAGCUUCACCGGCGAUGAUGCGGGUUACAGCACCAACCAGACAGCCAUCGCCCGGAACCUGUACACCGCUUUGGUGCAGUUCUUCGCGCUGUAUCCGGAGUAUCUGCAAAACGAGUUCUAUGUGGCCGGCGAGUCGUAUGCCGGCAAAUACGUGCCAGCCGUGUCGUACGCUAUCCACCAGAACAACCCAGGGGCCCGGGUCAAGAUCAAUCUCAAGGGGCUGGCUAUUGGCAACGGGCUCAUCGACCCCGUAAACCAGAUGGUAUACAGCGAGUUUUUGUACCAACACGGGCUCAUCGACGAGCACGGCAAACGACUGUUCAAAGAGCAAGAGGACUUGGCCAGAGACCGGAUCGCCAUUCACGACUACAAGGCCGCGUACGACGCGAUGACCAGGAUGAUGAUCACCACGCCGUCGCUAUACAGCGAGCUGACUGAAAUGCGGAACAUAUACAACGUGGUGUGGAACAGGAACCCGAUACCAUUCGAGGGUGGCUACUGGGACCGGUACGUGCAGGGGCCGGUGGCACGGGCCGCGCUGCACGUGGGCCGUCGCCAGUGGUCGUCGGUGGACGCGGUUUACGAGCGGAUGAAGUACGACAUUCCGCUGUCCGUGGCACCGUGGCUCUCCGAGCUCCUGGACGCCGGUCUAUACCGCGUGCUCCUCUACUCCGGACAGCUGGACGUGAUCGUACCGUACCGGGGCACGGUGAACGUGGCCAGAGCGCUUCGGUGGUCGGGAGCGGAGCGGUUUGGGAACGCUACGCGAACCGCCUGGUACCCCGUCGGCGAUGUGGCCGGUUUCGCGACCACGUACGGCCCGCUCACCGUGCUGCUGGUCAGGAACGCUGGUCACAUGGUGCCGUACGACCAACCGGCUUGGGCCCACGACAUGAUCAAUCGGUUCACGUCCGGCAAGCCAUUUGACUGAAACACCGCUUGGCCGCGACGCAUGUCGAUCCAUAAUAAUAUUAAGUGAAAUUUAAUAUAGGUGCAUUAUCGAAGUUGCAUAUACCCCAAACCGCCAUAAUAACCGCAAGUCAGCUUUUCUCAAAUCUCUGCCAAUAUUUCUGAAAACCCGUUUUUCGUGUCCGUUAAUUAAUUUGCUGUGUGUUGCGAUUUAAGUUUUGUGGCUGCAAAAUGUACACGUUCUAGUCAGAAGGACGACUGCAAUAGUUUGCGAUUACAAUAUAUAGUUCAAAGGUUCAAACCGUGGACAUUGUUGAUGAAGGUUUCGUCCGUCAUCGGGAAGUAUGCAGGACUGUGUGCUUGGAGGCAACUCCAUUAGCUGUUUCCGGAAUAUAAUACAGUAAAACUUAAGUACAAUAUAUAUGUAGCCAUGAAGGUAAAUUAUAUCACAUUCGUGAAGCUCAGGCUAAUUAUAAAUCUACUCUCAUCGACUGUUGAAUACUUGCAUGUCAAUUUCAUAAAACGGAUAAACUUUAUGGAAUGAUAGACAAAUAUGUUAUAUUAUAUAAUUGUGUUACAUAUUCAAUUAAAAUUUAAAUUAUUUUCUUACUGUAUAGUUGUACCUAUAAUGUGUUACUAUUUCCAUAUAUUGUAUAUUAUAUAUUAUUAUUAUUUUAUUGUAGUAUAAAAAAUUGUGCAAAUUAUAUGUUUAUGUAUCAUCACUCA